AUGGAAGAGCCCAGUCGGGCUGCUGGCGACAGUGAUCUGGCCUUACCCGUCAGAGGCGGGCUGCCCAGAGAUGGCUUCCGAAAAAGCGACAACGACGUCCUCGUUCACGACUUGGCCGACAAUGGCUUCACCUCGAUAAUGACCUCGUCCAUGGUUACCGCCUUCCUCAACGCCGCCUCGAGCCCAGUCUCGCCCGGACAAUCCAGCCCUCCGCUGGAGCAAGCAAAGAGCCCUGUUAUCGUGCCGCCAACGAGGCCGAGCAGCACGCCGUUCCCGCUAUUCGACAGUCGCAUCGGCCCCCUGUGCUAUAUCGACGACCCUGAAUACGGCACACAUGUCGGAAUGCACGACGAACCGCCCUCCUUGGCGAGCCAAGGUGCAAUCGCCUACCAGUCGCAGCCGAGCAAGUUUGUCGAGUUACCCAUCGAGGUUCACGAGGCGAUCCUAGACCACCUGUUUGGCUACUGCGUCUCACCCACAUCCAGCAGCGCCAUGAGAAUGUCCAGCCUGACAAGACCCUGGUGCAGCGCUCUGAGACACUGCCGCAGGCGGGAGCUGGCAGACCUGGCCCUGGUGAAUUCCGUGUGGAGAAGCCUGGUCCAGCAGCGACUCUACAGACACAUUAAACUGAAAGCAACAGUCGAGUCAAUCGACAGCGCAAACAUACACCUGGCGGGCAAGCCGCACCUUUCAUGCCAUGUCAGGCAUGUCGAAAUAUGGUUCCCCGUCUUCCAGCCCAGGUACGGCCCGCUCGCUCUGACCAGUGCGCUCGCUCCGCCAACCGUAACGUUUGACGGAUUGACCAACGCAAACUAUACGCUUCCCGUCAACAACUGCACUGUUGAUGAAGUCUUUCGCUUCGUAUCGCACACUUUGCCGUCAGUAAAAGUCAUGACGUUGGAAGGUGGUGAGCGAAGGAAAGCCCCCAAAGUGGUCUACUUUGGUCGUCCCGCCGACACUCUUUCCCUUGGCUCGCUGGAACCCAUCACUUCCGUGCAAACAUUGGUAACUCGUGGCCAGUGGAACUUGAUGCGGGAUAGCAACGAUUUCAGAACGAUUCUUAGCGCCCUUCCCAACCUGAGAGAUUGGCAGGCGUCGUACAGCAAGCCCAAAUCCAAGAGCUACAUAACGGUGGCUGAAUUCGUGCCAUCCUUGCCAAAGCGAAUCACCAACCUGAGCCUGAGCCUUGAGAAUGACUACAGGCGGGAGGGUAUGGUGGCGCCCUUUUACGCCAAGGUGGCGAUGAAGACGCACAUUUGCACUCGGAUGGCCGAGGUGACGUCGCGCUUGGAGCACUUUUCUUACACCGGUCGCAUCUGCCACCGCUUCUUCGACGUGGCCAGCCGCCUUGCGAAUCCAGCCACGGCAAGGCUGCGGUCGAUCGAUUUGACAGUCAAGAACUGCUGCCGUCACUCGAGCAACUAUCUUGACUCUGGGUCUGGAAUCCAGGAGCUUGGGUUCAUCGAAGCCUUUGAAAAGCUGGUCCUGUCGGCGCUAAGGUCAUUGGAGAAAUUUAAAGAGAUUCAAUACCUCAGAAUCCGCUUUGUCGAUUUGGACUCGAUUCUACCCCCUCUGAACCCUUAUUUCCUCAUGGCUGACGGACAGUGCUCGGGGGUUUGGAGCGACCAGAUUGUUGCGGAAAUGACCAGGGUGCGCCCGCGAGCGGUCUUCCCCGAGCUCUGCGAGAGCUUUGGCAGCAUUUCGUACAGCAAGGACGGCAGGAUGGUGAUAAUGCCCGAAUAUCCUCGAACGCGAAUCACGUCGUUGAAGCUGUCGAACUACCGGUCCCUGGCCACGCGAAUCACCAUUCAGUGA